UCUGUGAUGUUUCCACAGCUUUUAAAUGGCUCAUUAUAUGAUAUGAAGGACAUGGUAUGACUGGUACCGGACUAGAGAGGCUAGAGACAUCCUGCAACCUAAUAUCUUCCUGUAACCUACACACAUUAUGAUGGAGACAGCAGAGUAUUCAAAGCGUGUGUACCAAGGCGUCAGAGUCAAGCACACAGUCAAAGACCUGCUGGCAGAGAAACGACAAAGACAAACCACUACACCAAGAUUCAAUGCAGCAGCCAGCUCCUCCCAGCCAGCCUUUGUACAAAUGCCAGGGCCUCACAUGCUUCCUGGAUACUACAGCAUGCGAAGGUCCUUUCUCCCAGAUUCCGAGCUCUGCCAUCCCAUGAAGCAGUACUCUACAGACUCCUACGCAUCUGCUUUGGGGGGCAAGAGCUUCCCUUAUGACCACUCCUCCAGCUACCCUUCUUUUAUUGACAGCUACUACCAGCCUGAAUCGUUUGGAGACUACAGAGGUGCAACCGCUUAUACAGCUGGUGGAGGCUCGCUGUUUCCACCCUCUUCACUGUCCACACUGCUGCCAUCUCUGUCUGGAGAGACACCUUCACAUCUGCUCCUGAGAGAUCCAUGGGACCAGUCUUCAGAAGACCAUGUCAGUCAGCCGGAGGUGCUGUGCCCUGAGGCCUCUGCCCCGGUGGCAGAUUCCCCAUCCCUGGGCGGCCAAGACUCGGGAAGCUCCUCUCCGUAUCGCCUGUCCUCAAGCCGCAGCAGCAUAUCCAUCCCCUCCAGCUCCCAGCCCUACACCCUGCAGACGCUGGAGGAUGUUCACUACCCGGCAGCGUCCUACAGCUCCGCCUCCAGCUACUCCUGCCCGCCUUACAUGACUGUUCCAGGGGAUCUGUCUGUGGUCAAGAUGCCACCUGUGUCUUCAGAGGAGGCUGGUAGCAGUGUGGUGUCCCUGAGUGACACUACAGGUCCAGGGUGGGCCAAGGAUGAUGGGUCUGGCUCGUGGAUGUCGUACGAGGCAAGGAGGGCUUUUUAAGAGGCUUCCUUGCACUUACUUAUGUGAACACUUAUGUGAACUGGUGAAGCAGGGAGAAUACUGAUACAUAACAGUCCAAACUGAUGGAAUUUUGGUUGAAGUUUGUAAUAAGCUUAUACUUUUUUUCAUUUAUUUAAUACAUUACGAUGCAAAGACAUUGAAUUGUGUACAGUGGUGAUUAAGAGGGUUAAGUGGGUGUUUCACAAAAUUCAACACUGUGUAACAUAUUCAUUUUUAAACGUAAUACCAUCUCUGUUACUGCUAUCCUACAUGCAUUAUGUUGCUUAAGGUAUUCUCUCAUCCAUCCAAAUGAUUGGAAUCAGGUUCCAAUCAAUUCCAUGGCCCUAUAGUCUAUGAAACCAUGCAGCUAGGCAUGCAGACUGCUGAAGAAUGAGCUCAGUGAACUCCUGGUGAACAGCGUGGUAGAGUAAUAGGAUGCAGCACCUGUUAAACAAGUCCAGUCGUAAAAUUUCCACAGCCAACUGUCAGUGAUAUUAUAACACAAUGGCAGAGACUGAAAACAACAGCGACUCUGUGCUCUGUCAGUGUAAAAUAACAGAGCAUGGUCAGCAGAUGCUGAGGAGCAUAGUGCACAGAGUUCACCAACUUUCUGCAGAUUCACUACACUGAUCACUACACACCUCCUAACUUAAUGUAGCUUUAGGUUAGAUCAAGAACAGUAAAGAGUAGAGAAACUCAUACAAUGGAGAGUUUCCAUGGUUGAGCAGCUCCUUCCAAGCCUCACAUCACUAAGCGCAAUGUAGGCAAGUGGAUACUGUUGGCAAUAUAGUGUACAGUAUGUAUCAGGAUUGUAUUUAAAUAUCAACACUGAACUUAAAAUAGCUUGAAUUCCCAUCACCACCACUGUAAAGCAAGACAACCACUUUUUUGGGCCUUUUUCAUAGAUUUUGCUGUAAAAUAUGUGGCACUCUAUUUAAAGUAACACUAUGUAGCAUUUGCCUUAUUUGUCUAUAAACUUGUUGUGAUGCUUAGAGUAGAUAUAUUAAAAUGAGCUUUUUAAACAUGUUGGUGAACCAGAUAAAUGGGUGUACUAGCAUUAAGACUGUUGAGAAAACAGAUAACUAUAAUGACCAAGCCGGACCCUGCUGGUCAACCAUCAUGACUAUGCUGAUUGGCUGAUGACAGUGAUAAGCAUGACCAAAUAAUGUUCUUUAUGUUGACCAUCAAAAAGAGCAAGACCACUGACCAUGCUAAAUGACCAGCAUUAAUAGUCAAAAGCAAUAUGCAGUUAAUUUUAACUAUGCUGAUUAAGAGCUGGUUGACCUUCUAGUUUACCAGUAUAGCAUUGUUUUUUGCUUUCAACCACAUUGUCCAUGAAAUACUAACUUAUUAAACCAUCGAAAAAAACAACUACCAGCAGAAGAUGGUCUUCAUUGAGCUGUAUUUACCACCAGUCUAUGUGAUCAAACAUGUUUUAAAAAGAAGUAUAGCAGAUUAUUAAACCCAUUUUAGCUUCUUACAAGGAGUUUUGUUUGACAAUUGGAUAUUUGGAUCUUUGUUGUGGUCUAUGAAUCACUAGCACUGCAUGCAAAUGAAGGAAAGGAGCUCUAGUGUUAGAUUUGGUAAAAAUGGUAGAACUUUGUUGCAUCGGCAAACCUGUGUUUUAAUCAAGUUUAAUCCUAAAAAUAUGUAUUUAUUUAUGUUUUUUUUUUAUUUAGCACUAUAUUUUUCAUUAUCAACACAGGAUUUAAAAACACAGAAUACAUUCACUGGUCAUUUUCCGCUAGAAUUACUACAUUUGUGUUGGAGAUGUUGUGACUCCUGGUUUUCUAUUAACACCACUGUAAGGAAAGACAAUCAUUGCAAAUGAAUGUGCUUACAUCUCAGCUAUUGAAUUGUGUGAAUUAAAACAAAAUACUGUAGAUAGCAACACUUUAAAAACGUAUCUAGCAUUUUUAUGUUUAUAAAAUAACAUUUUUAUAUGAUUAAUAAAAAAAAAAACAGUUGGCUUAAACCAGAAGUCAAAAGGCAGGUCCCAAAGCAUCUGACAAUUACUAUUCAUUAUAAGUGAAUCAGUACAGACAAUCCAAAUAAUGUCUAUGGUAACUGAGCAUAUCCUUAAAUAGAAAUUAUGUUGAAAACUCUACACUGACACUGGUGUGCCAAAAGUCAUGGGACAGAAACCAGUAUUCUGUCCCAUGACUUUUGCCAAACACUAUGAAAGCUAAUGAAUGCUACACUGACCUGAAUUAAUUAUGGAUGUGGUUUCUUACAGAGUCACUUGUCUGUUUGCAUUAAAAUUCAAGCCCAACACUGCCAGUCGCAAUCAUUACCACCCACUGCACUGUCAACUAUGAGUGGUAAGGCCUUCUAGGACGUAUUCCUGGUACACACUGAUGUGACACUGUGAAUCGAGGAAUGUUAAAAUUCUGCACAUGGAAUGAUCCAUCUAUGUGGCACCCACUAUCAGACCUCUCUCAAAUUCUGCUAAUUCAUAACGGCUUGCCAUGAGCACACUGUCCAAUGUUCAACCACACUUACAAGAUAACACCUCACAACUUAUGCAGGUGUGGGCGUUCCCAUGCCACCCCCUUUGGUAAAUGUUUUUAAUCAUUUUUUUCACACUGCUGUCCCAUGACUUUUGGCAUUUGAUUUUAUGUCUUUAAUAGCAAGCUAUAGGACCAAAGCAAACAUAUUUGUAAAUGUAGGGAAAUACAAGCUCUUAAUCAGUGCUCAUCUUUUGUAACAUUUUAUUAUAAAUAAUAAAAAAAUACUCUCUAGGAAAAUCAUGCCUAGAAUCUUUUGAUUUGAGAUGCAAAUUUCAGAAAAUCUGGGGAACUCCUCGGAAUAUUCUAAUAUGUACGAUAUGGAAAGUCCACUGUUAAUGCUCUUGAGACUGUCUAUACAUAUUCAUACUGGUAUUUUAGGGAUAUGUUGUACAUUUUUACAUAUAUAUGUGUGAUAAUAGAUCAAAUUAAACAUGGAAACCUCUGUCUAUCUGUAUCACUGAACUAAUACUGUAUAUGCAUCUAUGAAUCUUUGAUUAAUUAUUAUUUUAUCGUUCUCAGGUAACUUUUAUACAACACAUACCAUCCACUGUUACCAUGGUGAUAUGGAUAUUACUGUGCAUCCCUGUUUUUCAAGCAUCUUUCCGGAUCUUCGUAAUAAAUAA